UUUCAAGUUUCAACAGAAGUUAAACCUUGGGUUAAAAGUAUAUUUAAGUUGAGUUUCCACAUUUAUAUGAAUCAAAAAGAUAGAAAGAAAGUAUAGUGUGGAUGGAGUCGACGACGAUAUUGUUGUGGGUGCUGUCGUUUGUGCCUCUGGUUAUAUUGAUGAUAAAGAAGAAGAGAAUUGGGGAGAGAAGGGUCCCACCGGGGUCGUUUGGAAUUCCGUUAAUCGGGCAAACCCUGGAGCUUUCGAAGGCGAUGCGAUCUGAUACAGCUGAGGAGUGGCUGCAACAAAGGGCCCGAAAAUACGGCCCGAUUUCGAAGAUGAGUAUAUUCGGAAAGCCGACGGUGUUUCUAACGGGCCAAGCUUACAAUAAGUUCGUAUUCAGCAGCGACGGGAAGACGCUCUCCAGCAAGCAGCCGGCGUCGGUGAGCCGGCUGAUGGGCGAGAAGAAUUUGUUUCAGACUAUCGGCGAAGAUCACCGCCGAUUGAGAGGAGCAAUCCUCUCCUUCUUGAAGCCAGAAGCCCUCAAACAGUAUGUGGGGAUGAUGGACAAUGAGAUCAGGUUGCACCUCGCCCAACAUUGGCAUCCCGAUCAUGUUAUCUCGGUGGAACCGCUGAUGAAGACACUGACAUUCAAUAUGAUUUGCACGCUUAUGUUUGGAAUAGAGAGAGGGGAGAGAAGGGAAACCUUUGUGCGUCUCUUCAAAGAAGUGAUAGAGGGUACGUUUGUUGCACCCAUAAAUCUCCCCUUUACGCGCUUCAACAGAAGCAUACGGGCGAGGUCGGAAGUUGGAGCCAUAAUAAGGGAAGUGAUACGCGAGAAGAGAGCCAAACUUGAGAAAGGAGAAAAGGGGCACGAUCUCAUCACCAGCUUACUCUCCAUGUGCGAUGAAGACGGCUUACCGCUCUUGUCUGACCAGGAAAUCGAGGACAACUGCACAGUGACGAUGGUCGCCGGAUACGACACCACCUCCGGCCUUCUCACAUACUUAGUCAAACUCAUAGCUGAACACCCCAAUGUUUAUCAACUUCUCCUCAAAGAGCAAGAAGAGAUUGCAGGAGGGAAGAAGGAAGCAAGUGAUCCUCUAACUUGGGAAGAUAUUGGUAAGAUGAAGUACACGUGGAGAACUGGGACGGAGGCGUUGAGGAUGUAUCCACCAAUAUUAUUCGUGUUUAAGACAGCGCUUCAAGAUAUUGAAGUAGGAGGAUAUGUUAUUCCUAAAGGAUGGCAGGUGCUUUGGACAACAUGCAUAACGCAUUUGGAUGGAUCCAUAUACCCGGAUCCGCACAAGUUCAACCCCUCACGUUUCGAAGAUCAAGCAGCAAUGCCACCACAUACCUUCAUACCGUUUGGAGGAGGUGCGAGGCUUUGCCCAGGAAACGAAUUUGCAAGAAUAGAGACGUUGGCGAUGAUUCAUUACUUGGUCACUCGCUUUACUUGGAAGCUCUGUUUGGAAGAGAAUACCGUCAGCAGAGAACCCAUGCCAGUUUUCAAACAAGGCCUACCCAUACGCCUUAACAGCAGAGAACCUUAUAAAGCAUGAUGCAAUAAUAAUAAUAAUAAUCUAAUUCCAUUUGUUUCUUACUUUUAUUUACUAGCAUAAUCACACUUUUAUUUAUAAUAAUUGUGUUCACUUUCUCAUUUUGUGAAUGGACAUAAUUGGAACGCAGUGCCAUUUA